GCGGGCCUUGGGCGCGCGACUCUUGGUCCCGUGGGUCUCGGAAGUCGGAGCCGGGGACCAGAGCAGGCUGCGGCGCCGGCGUCGAGUGGGGUCUUGUGGUGUAGGAUAAUCUUGCAGAAAUGUCUCUCUAUCCAUCGCUUGAAGAUUUGAAAGUAGACAAAGUAAUUCAGGCUCAAACCACCUUUUCUUCAAACCCUGCCAACCCAGCAAUUUUGUCAGAAGCUUCUGCCCCCAUCUCACAAGAUGGAAAUCUCUAUCCCAAACUGUAUCCGGAGCUUUCUCAAUACAUGGGCCUGAAUUUAAAUGAAGAGGAGGUACGUGCCAUGGUCCCUGGAACACCAGUUCAGGGGCAAUUGGUAGCAAGACCUUCCAGUAUAAACUACAUGGUGGCCCCGGUAACAGGCAAUGAUGUUGGAAUUCGUAGAGCAGAAAUAAAACAAGGGAUUCGUGAAGUUAUUUUGUGUAAGGAUCAUGAUGGAAAAAUUGGGCUCAGGCUUAAAUCAGUAGAUAAUGGUAUAUUUGUUCAGCUAGUCCAGGCCAAUUCUCCAGCUUCAUUGGUUGGCCUGAGAUUUGGGGAUCAAGUCCUCCAGAUCAAUGGUGAGAACUGUGCAGGCUGGAGUUCUGAUAAAGCACACAAGGUGCUCAAACAAGCUUUUGGAGAGAAGAUUACCAUGACCAUUCGUGACAGGCCCUUUGAGCGGACAGUUACCAUGCACAAGGAUAGUACUGGACAUGUUGGUUUUAUCUUUAAAAAUGGAAAAAUAACAUCCAUAGUAAAAGAUAGUUCUGCUGCCAGAAAUGGUCUUCUCACUGAACAUAACAUAUGUGAAAUCAAUGGACAGAAUGUCAUUGGAUUGAAGGAUUCUCAAAUAGCAGACAUACUUUCAACAUCGGGGACUGUAGUUACCAUAACAAUCAUGCCUGCUUUUAUCUUUGAACAUAUUAUUAAACGGAUGGCACCAAGCAUUAUGAAAAGCCUGAUGGAUCACACCAUUCCUGAGGUUUAAAAGUCUUGACACAACA